AUGACUUUAUCACUCGUGCAAUGGGCGUUUGACGUAAAGCAUCCUAAGCAAGAUUCGGUUAUGAACAACGAAGAUUAUGACAUGGAUGAUGAUGGAACGUGCCAAGUGUUUUGUUGUCCGUUCAAGACUUUGCAUUGGAAGAAGAAGUGCAGCGCAGCGUGGAAGGACUCGGCGUCGCUGAUGUCUAGUGUCCGUGCGCAGUGGCAAAAGCUUUGCCAUUCAAAUUUUGCUCCGCUGUGUAUCGAUGUGCUGCUGCGUGUGAACAACGGGACACCGGACCUUGUGUUGUCCGGCAAGAGUCUUGUUUACCGGUUUUGCGACGUUCUUGCUACUUUGAUUUUGUCAACAGGGCGGUCUCACGUCCUUACUGUAGCGGCUAACUUUACGAAUCCUCCUCCGGCUUUGCUUGCGUUGCUGAGUGCGAUGACGGUCGAGCAGAGUCCGUGGAGGUCCACCGUUCUGCCCCAAGCAAUACAAAUCUAG